AUGCUCCUGCGCGAUGUCCUUUAUGCUCUGAGCAUGGGGCUUACCAUUGUGUCCAUCAGCCACAUUGCCGCAGCUGGCUACGCUGCACUCUUCCAGUCCAACUUUUGUUGUAUCUUUGAUCCGAAGGACUGCCGUAUUGCCCACAUCCAUGUUACACCCAACGGACUCUACCAUGUGGAACACGGAGAGGUCGCCUCAAGCGUGAGCGUGACAACCAUAACAGUGGAGGAUCUUCAUCGUCGCAUGGGACACAUCUUGCAUGACGCGGCUCAGAAGCUGGUCAAGCAAGGGUUAGUGACUGGGGUAGUGUUGGAAGGGGAUGACGGGCGGAUGCACACCUGUGAGUCAUGCGAGUAUGCAAAGGCAACUCGCAAGAGGGUUCGGAAGGAGCGGGAGGAGCCUUGUGCUGAGAGCUUUGGCAACGAGAUUCACUCCAACUUGUGGGGGCCAGCACACACCAAGAUGAUCCACAAGAAGCAAUACUAUGUAUCCUUCAGUGACGAUGCCACCCGCUACACCUGCCUCUCCCUCCUCCAACACAAAGAUGAGGCCUUCGACACUUAUUGA